AUGCCCUUGUCCAAAUGCCAAAAUCUCCAUUUCAAGAGCAGAGAUGUGGUUGAGGGUCACUUAUAUGAAAAAGGGUUCGUGGAAGAUUAUAAGGUAUGGUAUGUGCAUGGCGAGUCAUUUCGUACACAAGACAUGGGUCGAUGUUCAAACCCAGUAUUGUCUCAACAAGUCGGUCAAGACAAUGUUGAAGAUGUUGGUGAAUAUACCGAAUACGAGGAGACGGUUAUGGAAAGCAUGCACCAAGACCCAAAUGAAAAUGCCAAGGCAUUUUAUACCAUGUUAAGUCAAGCCAAUCAGCCUUUGUGGCCGGGUUCUGAAAAUGCUAACAUACUCUCUACCGUUACGAGGUUAUUGAACUGGAAAUCAGAUUGUAAUGUCUCCGACUCUGCAUUCGAUAAACUACUACUGAUCAUUGAAGAUUUUCUACCAGACGGUGCAAAGCUACCUAGAAACUUUUAUGAGACCAAGAAGAUGUUGAAGCUACUAGAGUUGUUGUCACAGCUGAUUCAUGUAUGCGAAAACCAUUGCAUGCUAUUCAAUGGAGAUAAUUCUGAUUUGAAUCAUUGUAUAGUAUGCAAUGAAAGUAGAUACAAGGAAAAAGGAAACAAGGUGCCUAAGUUGGCGAUGACCUACAUGCCUGUUGGACCAAGACUUCAAAGACUAUUCUAUUCAAAUACGGCCCAACAUAUGACUUGGCAUGCAGAUCAUCAUAGGCAACCCGGAAAGAUGAGUCAUCCUAGUGAAGGUAAGGCAUGGAACCAUUUUGACUCGGUGUUUCCUGAUUUUGCACAAGAAAAACGCAAUAUUCGUCUUGGGUUGUGUACUGAUGGGUUCAAUCCAAAUAAUACAAUGGGGAAAGAUUAUUCAUGUUGGCAGGUGUUUAUUAUGGUUUACAACCUACCUCCUUGGUUGGCCUUGAAAGAGCGAUACAUACAACUUCCUGUGCUCAUUCCUGGGAAAAAGAAUCUCGUACACAAUUUGGAUGUUUUUCUACAACCUUUAGUACAUGAGCUAAAACAAUUGUUCACAGAUGGCAUUGUAACUUAUGAUGCCCAUCAAAGGGACAAUUUCCAAAUGAAGGUCAUACUAAUAUGGACAAUUAGUGACUUCCCUGCUUAUGCGAUGUUGUCCAGAUGGAGCACACACGGUGUCACACCCUGA